AUGGUGCUGAUCAGAGCAAACAUCACCCAUGCCUAUAUUGCUGAAAGAAAUCAAACCGUCAUAUCUGAAUUCAUUUUUUCGGGGUUCACGGAUCGUCGUGAACUGCAGAUCUCUCUCUUUAUUUUGUUCUUGGUGGUUUAUAUCAUCACCCUGGUCGGGAACCUGGGAAUGAUCACAUUAAUCAAGGUGGACACCAAGCUCAACACUCCUAUGUACUUCUUCCUGAGCAACUUAUCUUUCGUUGACAUCUGCUACUCCUCUAAUGUCACACCUAGAUUGUUGGCAAAUUUAGUAGACUAUAAGGCCAUUUCCUUCACUGGGUGCUUGAUACAAUGCUAUCUCUUCAUUGCACUGGUGCUCACAGAGUCCUUCAUAUUGGCUGCCAUGGCAUAUGACAGGUAUGUAGCCAUAUGCAAUCCAUUGAUGUAUGCCACCAAAAUGUCACGGAGAGUGUGUGUGUGGUUAAUGGUGGCUCCCUCUGCAUAUAGUUUUCUUGAUGCCAUGAUACAAACAAUAUUCACGUUUCGCUUGACCUUCUGUGGCUCCAACAUCAUCAAUCACUUUUACUGUGCUGACCCACCUCUCCUGAAGCUCUCCUGCUCCAAGACCCAUGUCAAACUUACUCUAAUGUUGCUCUCUGCCAGUUUCAACCUCAUUAGUUCUCUUGUUGUUAUUCUUAUCUCCUACCUUUUCAUUCUCUCCACCAUCCUGAAGAUUCAGGCUACUGAAGCCAGAUACAAAGCCUUCUCCACGUGUGGUUCUCAUCUUACAGCUGUCAUUAUCUUCUAUGGGACACUUUUCAUCAUGUAUGUCAGACGUCCUUCUAGCCUGUCUCUUGAACAUGGCAAAAUAGUCUCCUUGUUCUAUGUGGUGGUGAUUCCCAUGCUGAAUCCCCUGAUCUACAGUCUAAGGAACAAGGAGGUGAAGAGUGCCCUGAAACGAUUUAUAAAGCAGAAAUUAGUAUUGUAUUAG